GUGAGUUUACUGGAAGAUACACAAGUCGCUACUUCUAGUAGAGGCCAAGACCCAUCACCUUCGCACUGCCAUAUAAAUUUGGCCCAGACACUUUGCCACUGUUUCAGUCCUCAUGAUGCCAAGCUACUAGGAACAGAUGACCCCACUCAAUCAAAUUCAGAAACAAGACAUCUACAAAGGCAAGAGUCUUUUCCGCAGUCAAGCUCUAAUAUCACAAACCCAGGAUCACUACUUCACGGCUCAGAUUUGACAGUGCCGUUUUCAGCUGCUGAUAUUAGGAACCUAACAGCCCAUGACGAUAAUUUUGAUGAAAUUAAACUCAUAUCUUUGGCUUUGGAGGAAGGUUUUGAUCCUAUAGAAGUUUCUCAGUUCUUUCAAGAACCUGGCUCAGAUUCGGGACUGUAUUGGAAUUCAGGUCACAGCACCGCCUUUUUCUCAGUCUGCAGUGAAGGUGCUCUUGGGUACAGCAGUGAUGUUAAAUCUGUUUCUCCGCAUGGCUUAGGAGCUGUUGGUGGCAAUUUCCAAGAACACACUAAAUAUGGCCAUGUGGAAAAUCCAGGUGAUUCGGAGUGUUCUAGAGAAGCCACACUUCAGCAGUUUCUCCAUAACCCCGUGUAUAAUCAGCUGCCAAGUCAAGCAGCAUCCACCCCGGAGCAUCAUCAACAGAUGUGGAUGGAGAAACCAAGCGAAGUAAAGGAGAGUUGCCACAAUUCUACUGAUACAAACCUUAGUAGCAAUGACCAUUGUGCAGAAGCUCUGAGAAUACCAUUUUCGGUUGAUGAAAUUGUGAGCAUGCCUGUCGAGUCCUUCAACGCUAUGCUAGCAAAGAACCAGCUCACAGAUGCUCAAGUAUCCCUUCUACGUGACAUCAGGCGAAGAGGGAAAAACAAAGUUGCUGCCCAGAAUUGUCGUAAACGCAAACUAAAUGCAAUUCUUAACUUGGAAGAAGACGUGUGUAAUCUUCAAACACAAAAGGAGAGCCUUAAAAAGGAGCACUCUCAGUGUAGCAGAUCCAUCAGCCGGUUGAAGCAGAAGUUAAACAACUUGUACCGUGACAUUUUUAGUAGAUUGAGGGAUGACCAGGGUAGACCCGUUAACCCAUGCCAGUAUGUCAUCCAUUGCAGUAGUGAUGGCAGUGUUUUGAUCAUACCCAAACACUUAGUCAAAUCAGAACAGAAACAAGAUAAUGAAAAAGAGCAGAAACAAAAAUCAGAUGGCUGAGGAUCACAUAGGCUUUAUUUUUCCUGAAGGAACAAUAAGGAUAUUUGUGUGAAAACUGGAGGUCAGUGACUAC